UGGAAGCCGGACCGGCCCCUCCUGUCCGGUUACUAGCAGCGUCCGGAGGAGACCAGCAGCAGAAAACCGACCUGAGUGCGAUAUGAACGGUUCUCAGCUCACGGAGCUCCCGGACAACUCAGAGCAGCUGAGGCCGUAUGUGGUGAGCCUGAGGCGGGCAGCCCUGCAGGCCGAUGAUCUGUCCGCUGUGGGAACGUUUUCCGACGGCUUCCUCAUCAGAUUCCUCCGCGCCAGAGACUUCGACCUGACGCUCUCUCUGAAGCUCUUGCUGAAUUACCUGCACUGGAGGAGGGAGAGUCCUGAGAUCAGCACAUGCCUGUCUCCUUCAUCUGUGUUCGGUCUCCUCAAGACAUCAUACCAUGCUGUUCUCCCACAGCGGGACCACGCUGGCAGCAGGGUGCUCAUCUACAGAAUUGGGCAAUGGAACCCAAAAGAUUGGUCAGCAUUCCAGGUGUUCAGGGUCAGCCUGAUGACAUCAGAAAUCAUCUCCAGGGAGACAGAGACGCAGAGGCGAGGUUUGAAGGCGAUAUUUGACCUGAAGGGGUGGAGUCUGGGCCAUGCCCUGCAGAUUAACCCUUCCCUUGCCAGAAAGAUAUCCUCUGUGCUUUCGGACUCUUUUCCACUAAAAGUGAGAGGAAUUCAUUUGGUUAAUGAGCCGAUGUUCUUCCGUCCAGUCUUCACUAUGAUCCGUCCCUUUCUACCAGAUAAGAUCAAGCAGAGGGUUCAUAUGCAUGGUACAGACUUUCACCGUACUUUAAGUGACUUCUUCUCACCAGAUGUUCUCCCUCCAGAGUAUGGAGGAGAGGGUUUGGGAAUAGAAGAAGUCUGUCAGGCUUGGACCCAGGAACUGUUUCAAUCUGAGAACCUCUUGAAACAGAUUGCUGCCCACCCAACAGGAGACAUUUCCACAAAUACUGGAGACGCUUUGAUCUCAGAGGAAAAUGAGACAAUGACACUCACCGAAGGCUGAUGUUUGGGACCAUGAUAACUUGGUUGUGUUGGUGUAAAACAGAUAGAUAAGUUGUUGGCUGGGUGACAUCAUGACUAAAGUCAGAUCUGCUUUAUACCUUUCAGGACCAAAUCAUCUGAGUGAUGGUAUGUUUUAGUGAAGUUUACUUUUGAAUUAACAGCCUUCUUGUUACAUUUUUAGUUCAAAUUCUGAUCAAGAAGAUGAAGUUGCAACAAAAUUACUCUGAUAAACAUCAACUAGAAGAUGUUGAUGUCAGGAUUAUGUCUGGGCAGGCUGGGAUUAAUCUGAGGUCCAGAAAGUAAAGCUACUAUUUCUGAUUCUCAUUUGAUGCACUAAUAAAGUAUUUAGGUUUUUACACCUGGUUGGCUUUGAACAGGCAGUUAUGGAAGCCUCAAAUGCUGAACACUGUCCAGUCUGUCAUACCUGGAGGGAGCUUGGUAUACGAUCUGCCUCAAUCUUCAAUGUUAAUAACAAUUGAUUUCUAUCCAAGUCACUUUCUGAUGCAAAUGUGACAUGUUAGAAGAACAGAAAAUAUUAUGUUAAAAUGUUAAAAAACAAUGUCAUUUUCUUCUUGAAACUCUAGGGAAGAGAACAAAUUUCUCUGUUCUUGAAUAGCCCUGCUCUCAUAUGCUGUUAGCUUGAACUUCUACAAAAAUAAAAACCUUCCUCAGAUGUUAACAGAGUUUUUCCACCAAAUUUAAGCUUUUAACUGCUGUUUCAGUCUGAGUUAUUAAUAUGAGUCUGUGAUAUGAAGGUAUGAACUUUAAGCUUGGCACCCUGUUAUCUAAAUUUAAAACUUAUUUUCAAAUAAAAUUGGAAGUUGUUGUCCAGUUGUAUAGCAGAGCUGGCUAACAAAGACUGUGUUUACUAGGAAGCCUCCCACACUUUUCAGUUCUCUUUGAGGUAUAAGUGAUGAUGAUGUGAUGAGUUUAAAAUGGAAAUAAGAAAAUAAGACACUUUAUGUAUAACUGUUGUGAGCCUGUUGUGACUGGGUAACCAUCAGCCACUAAUAAUGUUAAUUAGCAGUAGCUGUUCAAAACAGAGACCAGAUGUAAAAAGCCACUGUUCAUUUGUGCACUGAAAGCACAAAUGAAAAAAAAAAAAUCAGAAAAAAUAUUACAAUAUUUACCAAGAAUAUUGCAAAGUCA